AUGUCAGACAUCAUAAAUUCUAAUUCUAGCAGUUUCUAACUUUUGUAUAGUAUUUGAAAUUGAAGUUAGCCCUGUUCUUAAGAAAUCUUCAAAGAAUCGAUCUGAUUUUUCAAUACCAUAAUGUGAUAAUAAUAGUGAAGAGGCAUCUUUUGAACCCAAUAUUAGUUCUGAUAAGAAAUUAGAUUUAAGUAUAGUAGAGUUAACUAAGUAAAAGAGGGAAACUAAGAUCCCUCUUGAUAAAGAUUUAGAGAGCAGCCAAGAUUAAUUUAUGAAAUUAAACAAUAAGAAAUGGGGUACUAAAGGUCUCAGGAUAAUGUUCUUUAUGACAAAAUUUGUAAAACAAAUGAAAAAUCAUUCAACCUAAGUAAAAUUUAAAUCUUUAAAUGCGAACAUUCUUAAAUUAAUUUCAGAUGCUGCAAGUGAUUCAGAUGUAUUAUUGUAAAAACAUUUGAAUAAAAUUUAAAUUCUCAGUUAAAAUUUAAAAUGGGUUUUAAGUCACAUUCCAAUCAUAGAUCCAGAUUCAAAUUUUAAGGUGAUGUGGGAUAUAUUUCUAUUAAUAUAAAUUAUCUUGAAUAUUUUUUAUAUCCCAAUGAAAUUAGGAUUUGGCUUUACAAAUGAGGGGAUACUGUAUUAAUUUUUUUUUGAAUCCUUGCCUUCUUGGACAUUCAUUAUAGAUAUAAUCAUUAAUUUCUUCACUGCUUAUUAUAGUAAGGGAUAGAUCCAUAAAAGUCAUAAGGAUAUCUUUCGAAAUUAUGCUAGAUAUGAAUUAUGGUGGGAUUUAUUAAUUGCAAUUCCAUUUAUCUUAUCAUCCUUUAAAAUAAGAUAUACAGAAUAUAUUUUAAUGCUAAGAAUGGCAAAAGUAAAGACUUUGAUUGAAUAAGUAGAGGAAGCAAUUAAUCCUUCAAUAACAAUGUAAACAGUAUUGGAAUUAUUUAAAUCAGUAUUUUUAUUAUUGUUUGUAUCUCAUUGUUGUGCAUGUUUAUGGAAUUUAAUAGGAUAGAUGUAAUUAGAUGCAGGAAAAUAUUCUUGGUUAGAUUCAAAGGGUAUUGUUGAUGCUUAAUGGGAUUCAAGAUAUAUCCAUUCACUUUACUUUAGUACUAUUACAACAUUGACAGUGGGAUAUGGAGACAUAGUACCUUAAACUGAUCUUGAGAGAAUAUUUGUAAUACUGAUGGCUAUGGUUAUAUGUGGAUUAUUUGGAUACACAAUUUCCAGUAUUGGUAAUAUAUUGAGAUAAUUAACAGAGAAAGAGUAAAUUUAUAAGUAAAAGAUGAUGUAAUUAAAUAAUUAUGUAAAAAAGAGGUAAUUAAGUAAGUAAUUAAUAUUGUCAGUAAGAAAGUAUUUUGAAUAUUAUUUGAAAAUGUAAGAUGAGAAUACAGAGUUUGGAGAGAAUAUGAUGAAUGCAUUAAAUAAAAAGUUAAAGGAAUAAGUGGCUAUAGAUUUAUAUCAUAAUAUCUUAAUGAGUUCUAGACUUAUUAAGAAAACAUUAUCUGAGAAGAGUGUGAAGAAAUUAUGUUGUUAUGUAAGGGAAAAGAGAUUGGCUCCAGAAGAAAUAGUUGAGAAUCAAAAUGAAUUGGCUAAUAAAUUGUUCUUUUUAUAGAAAGGAUAAAUUAAUUUGAUUUGUGAUUAAGCAAAUAGAGAAACUUAAUUAGCAAUUAUUAAUGCAGGUAAAUUUAUAGGAGAAAAGGAAUUCAUAAUAUAAUCUAGAUAUGAUUAUUCUAUAAGAACUACUAAAUUCUGUUAAAUUGCAUAUAUUUAAUAUGAAGAUUUUUUUAAGAUUAUAAAAGAAGAUCCAAUAGAAGAAGAGAAUUAUUAAAUGUUAAAAGAUGAGAUGCAAUUUAAUGAGGAGAAAUAAAAUUAUGGAGAAGUAUGUUAUAUAUGUAGAUGGACUCAUCAAUUUAUGAAAUGCCCUUUUGUAUUCUAUCAUGUAAACCUUGAUAGAUUGAGAAGAAGAUUUAUGAUAACAGAAGAUAAUAAAAGAAGAAAAUAUUAAAGAUGUCUCGAUGAAAAAACAAGAUUCAAUUUUUAAAUUAUAUAAGAAUCAGCACUUCAAUAAAUUGUAGAUAAUAAUUACAUACCAUUAGAAGAUUUAACUGAUCAAUAUUUAGAUACUUUAGGUUAUAUUAACAAUAAGAAUUAAAAUAGUCGUUUGAUUAAGACAUUAUUAAGUAUGAAAACUAACAAUACAUAAUAAUCAAGUAGCAAAGAUUCUGAUGAAGAGGAUAAUUAAGUACCUAUAAGGAAUUCUGCAAAAAGUCAUAAUAUAGAAAAGAAAGUUUAGUUUCUACAAGUAUCCCCUGAUUCUGAUUAUAAAGACUUUAGUAAAUAGACUUCCAAAAUGUAACAUAUUAGAGCUAGCAGAAGAACAUUUAUUAAAUUAUCAUAGAUUCAAAGUCAUCGUGGUAGUACUGUAUCAGCUAUAUCUUAAGAUCUAUCUAAUUUAGGAUAAGUAUUAUAACAAAAUUCUUAAUCUUAAAAUUCCUAUACAUCUUAAUUAUAGUCAUAAUAAAUUAAUUAGCCUACUUAAUAGAUGUAAAUUCAUCAUGCUAGCUUAUCUUAAAAAUCUAGACAAUUAAAAAAAGGCAAUUCUACAUCAUAUUAAAAUAUUGACUAACAGAUGGCACAAAUGAGAAAAUCUUAGUAAUUUUAAUCAAGGCCAGAUUAAAGAUAAUUUUCACUUUCCAUGAUUUAAGAAGCUAGCAAUAGUAGAUUAGAUGAAUUAACUUAUUAAUCAAGAUAAAGAAUAGAUUUUGAUAUAGAUUAAUGUUUUAAUACAAAACAUUAUUUUGCUUAAUUCAAUUUGGAUGUUGUUUUAAUGAAAGUGAAAAGACCAAAGAAGACAUAGAGACAUGCUGCUUAAAUAUUAAGUGUUAUAGAGAAAUCAAAAAUUAGAUAAUAAUAGCGUUUGUGA